CUCAGUCUUCCUCCUGCUCUCCGUCUGCUCGACCCGCUGAGGAGACACGGUGACCCGGGCUGACCUGCUGAUCCACCUGCGGCAGACACCAUGAAGGUAGCGUCGUUCAACAUCCAGAAGUUUGGGAAGAACAAAGUGUCGGACCCAGACACCCUCAACAUCCUCGUAAAGAUUAUCAGGCGGUAUGACAUCAUCGUGAUCUUGGAGGUGGUGGACGUCAGCGGCGAGUCAGUAAAAACCCUCCUGGACGCCCUCAACACAGCCAACAGGCAGCAUCACUACACUCUGAAGAUCAGCAGUCGUCUGGGCAGGACGCGCUACAAGGAGCAGUUCAUGUUCCUGUACAGGGAUGACCUGGUUGACUUGGUGGGCUCCUAUCAGUUUGAUGACCAGGCGACUGAGAAAGAAGACAUUUUUGCCAGAGACCCCUACAUCCUCCGAUUCACAUGUCUCAAUACUGUGCUGAAGGACCUGGUGAUGAUCCCGGUCCACACGAAGCCGGAGGACUCGGAGAAGGAGCUGGACGAGCUCUACGAUGUUUUCCAGCACGUCAAGAGGAAGUGGAAAACUGAUAACAUGAUGAUCCUGGGCGACUUCAACGCGGACGGAUCCUACGUUUCCCAGAGGGACAUGAAGGACAUUCGAAUCCGCAGCGACAAGAACUUCCACUGGCUGAUCGGAGACGAUGUCGACACGACGGCCAGCACCGGAAACAACCACUCGUAUGACAGGAUCGUGAUCUACGGGGAGGACAUGCUGCAGGCUGUGGUGCCAAACUCUGCCAAACCGUUCAACUUCCAGCAGGCUUACGGACUCACGGAGGAGAAGGCACUGAAAGUCAGCGACCAUUACCCCGUGGAGGUGGAGCUGAAGUCCAUAAAUCAGACCACACACGGAGAGGAUGGCUCGGCCCAGCAGCAGCAGGGGCAGGGGGAGUCGGUGACAGGGCUGGUGGUUCUGGACAAAGAGAUGGUGGAGAUGAAGAGAGGAAACCUGCUGCUGGAGAGGGAGAAGCUGAGCCUGGAGAUCCAGAUCCUGCGCCUGAAGAUGGCCAAGCUGAGCGAGAGCGACACCCAAACCUAAACCAGCAACCGCAAACCACCGACCAGACCAAGUGCCUUGACACAGCCAUUUCAGAUAAUAAUUUAUGAUCCAAUAGUUUUUCACUGUGGUUUUAUGACAGUAUAUAUUUUUUUUCUGAAUUGUGAGGAUCUGUUUUGCUUGGAGGACUGAUCCAAUCUAUUCUAGGAUAUAACAGAGAUC